AUGCAUAGAGGAAUGAUAUUUGCUACUGCGGUGGCUCUGAUGGCUGUUCCGUCAGAGUUUCAGCCUGUUCAGACGACAACGGGGCUUGCCUUGUUUGGAUACGCUGCAGUUGAUUACUUGAUUCCACUGGUUGGAAAACACUUUGUCAAAAGAGGGCUCUUUGGUAAAGAUUUGUCGAAGAUAGGACGUCCGAUUAUUCCGGAGUCUAUUGGAGUUAUUCCAGCAGUUACAUAUCUUUUUGUAAUGUUUUUCUCCAUUCCGUUUCUGUUCCCAUCAAAGGGGUCGAACUCGUUGCUUUUCUUUCUAGGUUCGAUGCUAUCCUUGGAGUCAAUGAUUUUGUUGGGACUAAUGGAUGACCUCUUUGAUAUCAGGUGGAGACAUAAGUUUUUCUUGCCUGCAAUUGCAUCUAUUCCUCUCCUCAUAGUGUAUCGGCACGAGUUCAGUGAAACAUCCAUUUUGUUGCCUAAAUUCAUGGCUUCAUAUUUUGAAACAUCCCCUUCAUUCAACUUGGGAAUUUUUUAUUAUUUCUACAUGGCUGCUGUAUCCAUAUUUUGCCCAAAUUCUAUAAAUAUCCUAGCAGGUAUAAACGGACUUGAAGUCGGCCAGACAAUUAUUAUUACUAUACUGCUACUUCUCAAUGAUAUCUAUUACAUCAUAGGAUACUAUAAUGACGUUCAAUAUAGACCAGCAUACGAAAUCCAUUUGUUUUCCAUGUGUAUGCUGAUACCAUUCUUAGGCAUUGCAUGUUCGCUAUUCAAAUAUAAUAAAUUUCCUGCAAGAGUGUUUGUUGGAGACACCUGGUGUUAUUUUUCCGGGAUGGUAUUUGCAGUAACAGGAAUUUCUGGACACUUUGCAAAGACAUUAAUGUUAUUUUUCUUGCCACAAAUAUUCAAUUUUCUUUACUCAUCGCCACAGCUAUUUGGAGUGGUACCAUGUCCAAGACAUAGAUUACCAAAGUUUAACGAAAAAGAUGGACUUAUGUAUAAUUCAUUCACUGAGUACAGGGAAGAGCAGGCCGGUGAUACCAAGCUUCCAAAAUUGAGGAAAGGAUUAAUUCCUUUCUUCAAUUUACUCGAAAAGUUAAAACUAAUUAAGUUAGUACGAAAUAACAAAGGUGAAAUCAUCAAAAGCUCAAAUUUGACUAUAAUAAACCUUGUUAUACUAUGGUUUGGUCCAAAAAAGGAAGGUGACCUAUGCUCCUUAAUUAUGAAACUACAGUUUCUUAUUGGAUUUAUAUGUUUGAUCUUGAGACAUACAUGUGCUCCAAUUAUAUUUGGGUUUGAUAACUCAUGGAGCAUGCUUAAUAGAUUCUAUACCUGA